UGUUGUGGAUUAUUGUAGGGAAUGUACCUGUUGGAGCCAAUCUUCUUUCUUCUUAUUUUGAAAAAGGAGGAACAGUACACUGACAUGUGCCUGGGAAAACAUGCCGCAUAAAAGGAUGUUUUUGAAACCAUUGAGAUCGCCUGUGAAAAAUCCCUCGCCUACGGCUGAGAGGCCUUGAAAUACUGCUUCUCCAAGCCACUAGAAUGCCUGGCUGCUUCAAACAGACCGUGUUUGCUUUCAUCGCUGCAUUGAGCUUUGCAUCUUUUAUCUUGAUCCUCAUCGCAAUGGGCACUCAGAAAUGGAUGACGGCAAAAAUCCUUUGCAAAACAGGAGCCGAGCUGGUCAACGCCACAGACCCAGAGCUGGUAAAAUUCAUGGGGGAACUUUACUACGGACUCUUUGGCGGUGGCAAAAUGCGACAGUGUGGGUUAGGUGGGAGGCAGUCCAGAUUCACCAUAUUUCCACACUUGGUGAAAAAGCUGAACACAUCCCUCCACGUGGUGAUUAUUCUCUUCCUUUGCGUGGCGUUUUCUUUCGCUCUGGUCAGCUUGGGAUUCUGCGUCUUAAACAUCCUCAAAGUUCCCUACCGGGCUAUUAAAGGUCCAGGAGGAAUCGCCCUGUGGAAUGUCCUUGCAGGGGUUUUUGCAGUGUUGGCAGUAACUAGCUUCAUGGCUGCUGUUGAGUUGCAUAACCUUACAGAAAGGAUUGCCAAUUUCCGGGAAAAUGUCUUCCAGUUUGUCAUCUUGGAAGAACAGUAUCAGCACUGUUUUUGGCUUUGUGUAGCAAGCGCAACCAUUCACGGUGUCAAUUUGCUACUGGUUGCUUUCAGCUUGAUUCACUUCCCUACACUAAAGACCAAGCCAGAAGAAGCCAAUGUUACAGCUGAAGACAUCAUGUACUAAACAUCUGCCUCUCACUUGCUUUGUUUUAAACAUGUGUGGUCUAUUUUAAGUUAUUAACACUGGCAAGGGAUUACAAGAUGUGGAGAAAAUAUCGAGCAGCACCACAAUUUGGGUUAUUUCGGCCAGUGCUGAGGCCCAGGGCUCUCUGAUCAAGUCAUGUAUUCCAUUAUUCUUCUGGGAAGACUGGAAACAGCACAAGUCUCCUGUUUUUUCACCUGUUGUGCCAAACCUUUCAGGAUCCCAGAACAGAGCAAGAACAUUCUUCUUUUGCUUAAUGGCAUCUUGCUCAGAGACCAGCAAAAUCCUGAAUUAAGAAACAAGGGAAGAGGUUUACCUCAGGGACAUAUUUUUCUCUUCUUCUAUAGUCCUUAAACAAUGGCACCACAUAUUGAACUGUGACUCUGGGGGUAGUGUAACAAUGCUAAAUGCAGAUCUCCCCAUGCAGAAAUCUGUACAUAGGUCGAUGUGAGAAAGACUAAGCUAAAAGAAUCCCAUCUCUUUUAUUGAGAUAAUGUAUGGACUUUUAUUCCGACAUGAUGUACCCCUGUGGGGUGUGGACCAUGUGCUUUUUUGGACAGCUUUUCAUAAUAAGAGGAAGCAAGCACCGAGUGCCUGGCUGUUCCCCAAAGUUUUUUUCUCUCUCUGCUGGACUGGU